AUGGUGGAUGCAGCGAACAUGGAUCUAUUUGAUUCAGAGAGAGAAAUUCAAAGGCCGAGGAAGGAAAUUGCAGAUCAUUGUGUCGGACAAGUGGGUUCCAAUAAUAUGCCCUCAACAGUGUGGCCAUCUGAGGAGAGAAAUGGCCAUGCUAAUGGGCAUCUGAAA